GCCCCAGUACCGACGGCCUCUCCUCAGCCACAGCCACCUCAGUGGCCACCAUCUUGGCUGCCCAGGUUGAGGUACUGCCCAGUGUCAUGUCUGCCACAGGGGAUGGAGACCCAAGCCAUGGGGGCCCAGAUAGCUCAAUGAGCCUGGAAGGAGCGUGGGCCGGGGCAGCUGGAGCUGGUGAGGCAGUGGGCCACGAUUUCGGCCUGGAUGGGGGUGCCACGGCACCUGCGGCCACCCCAGCUAGAGUGACUGGGGUGGCCGGAGUUGCGGGGGCCAUGGGAGGCCUCAGUGAGGAGGAGGGUGAGCAGGCCGGGGCCCUGGCUGUGAUCCUGGAAGGCGAGAGCUCCAGCGAGAUCACCGAGGACUCGGACUUCGGGCCAGUGCCGGAGGAGGACCAGGCUGAAAGAUCAAAUUUGGUCGUGGAUGCCCACCAGUUCCCCAUGGCGGGCUUUCGGUUGCUGUUCCUGGACCUGGUCCAAUCGCUUCUCCACCGCAUCUACUACAACGACUACAUCCUGGUCCGCCCCCGCAGAGGCCGCGUGAACUUCAGGCGCCGUCCUCGGGCCCGCGCUGCCGUGGCCGAGCCACCUAUGCCCCCGGGGCCCGAGCGGCCUGGGUUGAGGGCUGCCUCCCACGAGGGCGGGAGCCAGGUGAUUGCGUCCUUCCUAGGGCCUAGUGUGUCGACAAUCCAGGCCGCCAGGGAGACUACAGAGGAGGUCGAGGGCUUCGAGGCAACUGAAUAUGAGUUUGAAUACUGUGAUGAAGAGGCCCGAGUUGCUGGACGUGAGGAAGAGCAAGAAGCAGAGGAACAAAAAGAGAACGAAAACACAGAAGAAGGACCUGAACAGGACCAGGACCCAGCAGAGGGCAGGAGUGGAGCAUCCAGUUGAGAAGAAGAGAAAGAAAAGGAUGAAGAAAGAAGAAAGAAUCCAUUCUUCACUCUUUAAGUUUUCUGUGUUUAGAAGCCCAAAGGAAUUUCAUUAACCCCGAUUUCAUUCCAAAGUUCGUCACCCCAAAAGUAACAUCCAACAUUCUCUUACAGAUGUAUUUGACAGACUUGGCAUAAGUUUAAAAUAAAAAAAAAAAAAAAGGUUGUUUUAAAUAAA